UUUCCCAGCGGCCUAGAGGUGGCGAAGACAGUUUCUCUGGGAGAUUCCAGCUUCGGGCGCCCUCUUUCGAAGCCUCAGCGGCCGGUGGACUACAUUUCCCAGAAAUCCAUGCGUUGAGUGGCAGUGGCAACGCUCUAAUGAAAAUCCAGACGGGGUUAUUUCCGUGAGAGCGAAGCUUAUGGAGGCCUGACUUCCGGCGUUUUCGAGGUGGUCAUUUUAGCGGUUCCCUGGUCAGUUCGCUGGGUGUGCAGCUCCGGAGCGAUGGGCGACUGACAGAAGGCGCUAGACGAGGCCUGGACGCCCCCAUACACGGGGUGACUCUAGGGCCGGGGACACCGCCCCCCGCGAGCCCAGGAGACGUAGGUGCCCGCGCCCGCCCCGCUGUCACCUCUCCACGCCGCCCAGAGACUCCGAUGGCGGCGGCCACGCUGAGCGGCCCGGCCCAGGUUUCCAUGGCUGCAGAAGUGUUUUUGCAACCCACACAGGGCAGGGUGACCUUUGAGGACGUGGCCCUAUACUUCUCCUGGGAGGAGUGGGAUCUCCUUGAUGAGGCUCAGAGAUGCCUGUACCAGGAUGUGAUGCUGGAGAACUUUGCACUUACAUCCUCACUGGGUUGUCAGCAAGGAGCGGAAGAUUGGGAUGCACCUUCUGAGGACAGCAUUUCUGCAGAAGGAGGUUCACAGAUGAGGAUUCUUAAGACAGGUUCAUCUCCCCAGAGGGCCCAGCCCUCUGAGACAUGUGGCCCAAUCUUGAGAAACAUUUUGCACAGGGCUGAACACCGUGGAACCCACCUUAGGCAGAAACCAUAUACAUGUGGGAAACAAUUCUAUUUCACUGCCAGUCUUCAACAGUACCAGGGGCAGCACAUUGGAGAGAGACCCUUCCAAAGUUAUGUGAACAGAGCCUCAUUUAUAAAGAGCUGCACAGUCCAUGUGUCAGGGAAGCCCUUUACCUGUGAGGAGAUAAGGAAGGACUUCUUAUCCAGUGUGGGAUUUCUCCAUCAACAUGUCAGUCAUAUCAGGGAGAAGCCAAACAAUGGUAAUGAGUAUGAAGCUCUCUUUCACAGUGGAAAAGGUCAUCACAACUGGAGAGAAUGCAAGACAGCCUUCAGCUGCACAGACACAUUUGUUCAGGACCAGAGAGUCCUUCCUAGAGAAGGACUUUAUGAGUGUGGCAAAUGUGGAAAAGCCUGCACACGAAGAUGUAACCUCAUUCAGCACCAGAAAGUCCACACUGGAGAAAGACCUUACAAAUGCAGUGAAUGUGGGAAAUUCUUUACCUAUUACUCCAGUUUCAUUAUACAUCGGAGAGUUCACACUGGAGAAAGGCCAUAUGAGUGCACUGAAUGUGGGAAAUCCUUUAGCCAAAGCUAUAGCCUCAAUAGCCACAGGAAAGUUCACACUGGAGAAAAGCCUUAUGAGUGCAGAGAAUGUGGAAAAUCUUUUAGCCAAAGGUCCAACCUCAUUCAACAUCAGAGAGUUCACACUGGAGAAAGGCCUUAUGAGUGCAGUGAAUGUGGGAAAUCCUUUAGCCAAAACUUUAGCCUCAUUUAUCACCGGCGAGUUCACACUGGAGAAAGGCCUCAUCAGUGCAGUGAAUGUGGAAAAUCCUUUAGCCGGAGCUCCAGCCUCAUUCACCACAAGAGACUUCACACUGGAGAAAGACCUUAUGAGUGCAGUAAGUGUGGAAAAUCCUUUAAGCAGAGCUCCAGCUUCAGCUCACAUCGGAAAGUCCACACGGGAGAAAGGCCUUAUGAGUGUGGGGAAUGUGGAAAAUCCUUUAGCCAUAGUUCCAACCUCAAGAACCACUGGAGAGUUCACACUGGAGAAAGGCCUAUUGAGUGCAGUGAAUGUGGAAAGUCCUUUAGCUGCAAAUCUAACCUCGUUAAACACCUGAGAGUUCAUACUGGAGAAAGGCCUUAUGAGUGUGGGGAAUGUGGAAAAUCCUUUAGCCAAAGCUCCAGCCUCAUUCAGCACCGGAGAGUUCACACUGGAAAAAGGCCUCAUGAGUGUGGUGAAUGUGGGAAAUCUCUUAGCUGCAAAUCUGACCUUAUUCUACACCAGAGAUUUCAUACUAGUGAAAGGCCUUAGAUGUACGGGGAUAUGUGAUUUUCUUAAAUUAUGACACUGAAGGAUAGAAUUUGUGAGGGAGCCAUCUACCUGAAUGUGAGCCCAUACAUCUGAAAACCCACAGUGGGGAGAUUCCCCUUAAGUUCCAGGUAUGUGGGAAUCAUUAAGGAGCUGUGUUAUACCUUCUAACCUUCCCAGGGUCCUUGCCAGAUUUAAAUCGCCGCCAGUUUCUCUGGCUGAGUUUACUGCAUCUCUGCUACACAGUGUACAUCAGCUACCGUCCCAACAUGCUCAGGGAUACUGACCUCUUUCCCCUCCCCAUUUGCUGGAGGUAAUCUUGACUGGUCUUAGCUCUUAUAAGGUCCUCAUUCCCUUCUCUAUAAGUUAGGGUAUGGACCUGACCCAGUGGACCCAGUCUGAGUUCUGGGGAUUUGCCAAGAACUGCAUUCACAAAGGUAUGUUCAUUUCAUGUGACACUUAUCUUGGAUUUUCCCACCCUCCAGGUCAACCUAAGAACUUCCUGCCACAUAUUGCUUUGGAUUUUACAGUAAUAAAGGCAUUAUUGUCUAAGUCACCUUUGAUCUUCAGGUUCUCUUCACUAGGUGAGGUGAUUUGAAAACAGCUGGGGUCUCUUGUCAGGCAUUGAGUGAGCAGCUUUCAUGGGGGUCCCUAUGUUCUGUGUGCCUCAGAGACAACAGUAUGAUGGAAUAAUGUAACUCUCUUUCCAGUUUUGGCCUAGUUUAUGUUGUUGCCCAAGGUCUCCUAGGAAAGAGUACAGGGUCUUGCCAUAAUUUGUGGACUGGGUGCCAGGACUUUUUGGUGGACUCAGCACCCUGGGGAGUAAGGAAUCUGUGACAACCUCCAGUGCUUUUAGGAACAACAUGAAUAUUUUUCUUGUUUACAGUGGGUAUCACAUAAUGUUCAGCCGUGUUGAGGGGAAAUCUCUACUCCAGGUCUGGCAAAGGGGUCAUAUGCACUGAUAGCCAGAAUUCAUUAGACUGGUGUCACUGUAAAAAGGGCCCUGGCAGAACCAAAAUGGGUACAGUACCACUGGAAUGGGGGAGACUGCAGCAAAGUAGCUGGAAUGUUUCUCUUCUACAAUUACAUUAACAAAUGCUCCACAGUGACUGAUUUGUCAGUGUACACAGAUAUUCUCAGUAACUCCAGGCAGGUGUAUCUUUUGUAACUGAGGUCAUUGUCAAAUAAAAUAAGCUUCCCAUAACCUUUCUGGUAUGUCACCUAAAGACUUUCUGCACAGAAAGCAAACAUACAAAGUAGAUCCCUUAGUCCAGCAUUGUGGCCCUGUGACCCAACCCCAGUCCUGUGACUCAGGUGGAACAGAUGCCAUUGCUGUCAACAUCUGCUGCCACUUAGGAAAGGCUGCUUGCUUCUCAAGGGUUAUGGGGAAAGAGAGUCAAUAUAAGGUCGCCAAACCUGAUUUUCUAGAGAGAGUGGGAAAUCUAAAUUUUUUUCUUUUUUUUAACUAUUCUGUAAAACUUUAUUCAGGUAUAGUUGAUAAUGACCUGUUUGAAAUGUACAAUUUGUUUUGACAUACAUAUAAACCCACAAAACCUCAUAAUAAUCAUGAUAAUGAACAUGUCCAGCACCCCUAAUUUGCCUCAUGUCAUUUAAUAAUGCCUUUUCCCUCUCCAGCAACCAUUCCUUUACCUUCAUGUAUGUAAUAGUUUGUAUUUUCUAGAAUUUUGUAUGACUUUAUUCGUGAAAUGUUUUUUUCUGGUUUCAUUCAUAGUUUGUAGUAACAGAUUCUCCAAUGAUGAUUAUAUACAUAGCAUUCUUUUUAUUGAUGAAUAGUGUCUUUUAUGAAUGUACCAUUUGUUUAUACAUUCAUCUGUUAUGUCCAUUUAUAUAACUUCCAGUUUCAGCUAUUGCAAAUAAAACUACUACAUUUGUGUGUAAUUCUUUAUAUGUUGUAUGUAUAUUUCACUUGUGUUAGUAACUCAAAGUAUAAUGCUUGAGUCAUAUGAUAGGUAAAUGUUUGACUUACUAAGAAACUGCCAAACUGUGAUCUAAAAUAGUUUGCAUUUGCAUACCCACCAGGAGUGUGUGAGUUCCAGUUCUGCAUUCUUGCUGAUGGUUGGUAUGGUCAGUCUUUUGAAUUUGCCCUUUUAAUAAGCAGUAAUUUUAGUUGCCUUUCCAUUAAGGAUUCAGGAUGUUGAGUUUUUUUCAUGUGUUUGCCAUCUAUAUAUCUUCUUGGUAAAAUGUCUGUUAAUAUCUUUUGCCUAUUUGUGGCUAUUUCCCUUUCAUUAACAAAUAAAAGCUAAUUUUUGUUCCUCA